AUGUUUACUGCUACUAAGUUCUCGUAUUUACUGCUUACCACCGAGUUCUCGUAUUUACUGCUUACUACCGAGUUCUCGUAUUUACUGCUUACCACCGAGUUCUCGUAUUUACUGCUUACCACUAAGUUCUCCGGCAUUGCCGAAAGCUAA